AUGAUCCCAAAGCAGGGGAGCCCACCGACCUCUGCUACCGUUUCCCAUAGCCUACCACAACAUUGCACUAGUGUAGCUGCCGACUCACACAUUUAUUCUGAACUUGGCAGAUCCUGCGACAAAAUGGCGCCUUUGUCGUAUGAUCUUGUACGGGGGACGAAAAAUGUGGAGGAUGCAUAUGCACUAGGGGUAUCAACAAGGCACAGCGGGAUCAUAUUAUCACAGGUUGGGUUGUGUAAGUCACCGUGCAAGUUGUUUCAGAUGGUGCAGAAGAAAAGCUUGUGGAAUCUGCUUCCGGGGUUUGUUAAUGUUGCAUCAAAAUCAUUUGUGUGCUAUCCGACGUCGACCAAACUCAAACUAUGCCAUUCAAACUUGUCAGAAAUGUUUUUGGUGUUAUUCCUGGUGUUUUUUCCUGGUUGUGUCACUGGUUGCGUUGCUGAUGGUGUUGCUGGUUGUGUUGCUGAUGUUAUGUCUGGUUGUGUUGCUGAUGUUAUGUCUGGUUGUGUUGCUGGUGUUAUGUCUGGUGGUGUUACUGAUGUUAUGUCUGGUGGUGUUGCUGAUGGUGUUGCUGAUGUUAUGUCUGGUGGUGUUGCUGAUGGUGUUGCUGAUGUUAUGUUUGGUGGUGUUGCUGUUCCUGCUAUUAAUCUUUGCACUUUUUUUUUCUAA